UCCGCCGGUAACCCACGCGCAAGGAAAACGUUUUCUAUUCAUUUCUACGAGUUGCACUAUAAAUAUAAAGAAAUGGUGACAGUAGAACAAAUGUAUAAAGACUUUGGUGUCUUGGCAGAGGCUAAAGACAAAGCCGGAGAGCAUGAGCAGGAAUACUUGAACUUCAUCAAUGCUGUUAAGGGAGGUCCAGGAGAGAAAAGAUUAGCAUCACAGUUUAUUGCCAGAUUUUUCAAACAUUUCCCAUCACUAGCCAACCAAGCUAUCAAUGCGUUGUUUGAUCUGUGUGAAGACGAUGAUGUCAUGAUCCGCAAACAAGCAAUUAAAGAUUUACCAACCCUGUGUAAGAAUUCUGCUAGUAAUGUACCAAAGAUUGCCGAGGCUUUAACACAACUACUGGGAUGUGAUGAUACAACAGAACUUAGUCUCAUACAGUCAUCACUUAUCAACUUAAUGGCAGUUAGCUGUAAAGGAACUCUACAGGGUAUGUUUAAACAGAUUUUGUCUGAAGAUGAACUUGUGAGGGAGAGAGCCAUUAAGUUUUUAGGUACCAAAGUCAAAGUCCUUGGAGAAGAAACAAUAGAUAAAGAAGCUGAAGAAUUUCUUGUAUCACAAUGUAAACAGGUUUUACAAGAUGUAACAAAAGAAGAAUUUAUUUUGAUUAUGGACGUAUUAAGAUCACAAAGUUCAAUGUCUACAGUACAGGGGAGACAACAACUGGUAGAAAUUGUUACUGAACAGGCAGACUUGGAUCAGAGUUUUGAGGCUGAAGACACAGACUGUGUUGAUCGAUUGAUACAUUGUAUAAAACAAGCAGCACCUUUGUUUUCCAAAAAUGUGCAUUCUAAAGCCUUUGUAGGGUAUAUAUGUGAUAAUGUAUUACCUGUGAUCAGUAAACUAGCCAGUCCAGAUGACGGUGUAGAUGCACAGUUAGAGAUGUUAAAAUUGUUUGGUGAGAUCUCAGAGUUUGCUGGAGACUUGGACAAGUUAGAAAACAGAUUGGAUAAUCUCUACAAAUGUCUUAUUAGCUAUAUGCCAGUGCCGCCAGCAGAAGAAAAUGAUAAUCUGAGUAGCAGUGAGGAAGAACCUAAGUUCCAGUUUUCUACCGUGGAAUGUUUAAUGUUAGCUUUCCAUCAGCUCGGCAGGAAGUUACCAGGUUUUCUGGCAGAUGAAGCAAAUGCAGACAGAUUAAAAGAUUUUAAGUUAAGAUUACAGUAUUUUGCCAGAGGUGUACAGAUUUAUAUUAAACAGUUACGGCAGGCGUUACAAGGAAAGACAGGUGAUGCUUUAAAAACAGAUGAGAAUAAAAUCAAAGUUGUAGCAUUAAAGAUAACAUCAAACAUAAACGCUUUGAUUAAAGAUUUAUUUCAUAAUCCACCAUCUUAUAAAACACCCAUUAUACCAUCAUGGAAACCUUUAGUGAAAAAAGCACCAGAGCCAAAAGCAGCUGAGACAGGUCAAAAACGAAGCACAUCUUUGGAUUCCAAUGGCUCCAGUGCUAAGAAAUAUUCAAGAAAAGAUGUGACGUUAUAUUCACCACCUGGAGGAAAGUUCAGUGAACGAGCUGGCACAUACGAACCAGGUCAAGGUCGAGGUAGAGGUCGUGGACGUGGUUUCCGUGGAAGAAGAUACUAACAGGACCAUAAAUCAAUCAUUGUUUUUAAAUUCCGGCAUUUCAUGUUUUUUACUGACAUUUUUCAAAAUAUUUUCAGUUCAGACGUUAAGAUAAUUAACUUUUUAGUAAAACAUGAACUGAAAAUAGGAGUUCUUAAUAAUUGAGAUGGAUAAAAGAGGUAUGUAUUCUGUAAAUUUCGAAGACGUUCCAGUUUGAAGUGAUAGAUGUCUGUCUGCCAGCUAUUCUUUUAUUUAUUUAAAGAAGGUAUGUUUACUGACCGAACUAAAAUAUUCAGCAUCCUCCUCAAAUAGCAUGCCUAUUGUUAUUGAAAAAAGAUGAUAAACAACCGGAUGUAAGAUUUAUAUUAAAAUCAGAGAGGACUGUAUUGUAUGAUAGAGGGUUGAAGUCUUGUUUUGGGAAUAGCCUGAGCCCAAUUUUCCAAAAUAUUGUUGAUGGUCUUACAUUUUAUAGAUUUUUUUCCCUCUCAUUAUAUGACUGUUUGGGAGAUGUAUAGUAAAAUUUUAAGGGUUAUUACUUAUUUUUAUAUUUUUGUUCAAAAUCAUAUAAACCUUAUAAGUAAUUUGACUAGACAUGCUAGAGAUCACUACAGAUGAGAGUUUUGUCAUGACCAAUUGUCCAUAGUUGGAGGGGCACAAAACGGUAAAACUUCCAAAAGGAGCAGAUUUUUGUGAGGCUACCAAAGACAAUUUUGUCAUUUCUACUCAUCAACGGGGGCACAAAAUGAGAAAAUCUUCCAGACGAUUGGUCAUUUCAUUAUCUUUUAUCAUAAAUAUUAAAUCUUCGAGGUCACAUUUGAGUGGAGCUACCCACAUUAAUUUUAUAGUGGAAAUGACAAGAUCCACCUGAACUAUAGGGUAUGUUGACAAAGCAUUUUUUUCCAGAUGGCUGAAUUCAGGUAAAGUAGUCACAUGACAUGUCACAUGAUUUUUAUUUGUUUAGAGGUGAGUUAAACCCUAUCAAACAAUGAUUGAUUUGUGGUGAUGGGGAGAUAACCACAUCAGCCAGAUAAUGAUGGAAUUACCCCCCUUUGAAAUGGAAGAAGACGUUGUUAAAAGCUAUCUGGAGAAAGUUACUUACAUUUGCUUCAUAGAUUCACCGUAUUUUGAUUUCUUAAUUCAUUAUUUUUUGCAUUGUUGUACAUAAUGUUAUAAAAAAAAGAGAUCAAGUUUUGAAAACAGUCAUCUUUUGAUAAGUUUCAAUGAAAAAAGUUUGAAAUCACACAUUUUUAGUAGCUGUUGUUCAUUUUAUUGUUAUUUUUGAAUAAAAUAAUGAAUAUA